UGAGAAUGCUUCUUACAUAAAGCGUAGACUGGUUAAAGCAUCCACCAUUGAAUGGAAGUGUCGCCGGUUCGAGGUGUGAAAAAAGUUUGUAAUAACGAACUCUUCUAUUGAAAGUGAGUGCAAGCUUCGGAAACCUGUUAGCCUGUUAGGGGCGUGGUAAAGCCCACGUGCAGGAUUUCAUUGUAAACAAACUGUCAGCAAUAAAUAUUGAAAUUUGAAUAAAAACAAACACUUGCAAUCAUGGUUGAGGCACAAAUUGUCAUGGUUGGAGCAGUGGUCUUCAUUGUCUCCGCUGUUCUUAUCUAUCUUAUAUCAGCAUUCACCAUGAAGGAGAAAACAUUUGAAGAAGUGAUUGAAGAGCAAAGACGUCAAAAGGAGCUGGAAGAGGCGAAGAUAAAACAAGAAAAGAAAGCUGAAAAGGAUGCACGUAGACGAAAAAAGCCCAAGGAAAAAUCUAAAGGAGAUCAGUCCCCAAGAUCUGGUAAAACUGAGUCUGUAACAGUUGUUGAGCACAAGAUGGUCAAUCUUGAAAUUGAGCCUGAAAUUAUUGAGCCAGUUGCUCCAGAAGUUCCCCUGAAAAUGGGCAAGAAGAAGGACAGGCCAACGAAGACUAUUCUGCAUAACAGAGAUGAGAAAACCCCCGUUGUUUCUGAAGAUAAUGUAGAAGAGUUCAUUCAUGGCCCUGUGCCCAGGGAUGAUGUUGAACUGAAACACAGUCAUAUUAAACAGGAUAAGAAAAAGAAAGACAAACAGAAGCAGGUCCAAGUGGUUGAAGAAAUUAUCCAGAUAAAACAAACCACUGUGCAGGCUGCCGCUCCUCCUGCAGCUGAAAGUAAAGUGAACUUUAAAGAGGGAGGGAAUACCAAGCUGAUUUCGACAGUGAAGACGGCAAAUCUUAGCGAUAAUGAAACUCAGCAGCUGGUUGAAAUUCUCCUUAAUAAGCAGGGAGGAGCUUCUGUGGGGGCGUCAAGUGGAUGGAAUAAGAAACCUUUGAAAGGUGACCAGGAAGCUGCUCUACGCAGACAGCUGGACGAUAAGGAAAAGGCUCUCCAGCAAGAACAAGAGAUGGUUAUUGACGCCAGGAGAAAUGUUAAAGAAUUAAAACAGGAGUUGAAAAAUGAAGCAGCCAAGUCUCAAGCUAAAGAAAAACAAUUCAAUGAAAAAAUAGAAUAUCAGGCUCGCGAGGUUGCCGCUUUCCACCAGCGUUUACAACAGACUCAUGAGCAACACAUGACCGAGGUCGCGCAGUUACGAGCCCACAUUCAGAAACUAGAGGGCCAAGCUGAUCCAGGAACUAUGCAAAGACUUGUUGAUGAAAAUAAGACUCUGCGCGAUACACUUGCUAAAACACAAGCGGAUUCUCUGCCAGCAGCUGAUGCCAAUAACCUGAAACAGAAGGUGAGCAUCUUGGAGAAGGAGAUGUCGAGCCUGUCCCUGAAGCUGAAUGCCAGCGAGAACACCAAGAGGACGAUGGAGAAGAAACUGGAAAAGGCCGAAGCUGAGCUGAAGAAAUAUGAUUCACAACAGUCAAAUGCCAGCAAUGUCCUAGAAAAACGCUUGGAUGAGCUUAGCCAGGAACUACGCAAAGGCGAGGCCCAGAAUGCAACACUGACCAAGAACCUUCAGACUAAAGAACAAGCUGUGGAUAUGGCACAAAAGGAAUGCGCCAGUCUGCGUACAAAGCUACAAGAGCUUGAGACAGCCUUAACUGCGAGCGAUAUGUCUUCACGGGAAAUAGUAGAACGUCUUAAGGCAGCUGAUAGACAAAAGAUUGAUACAGACGGAAACUUAAAAAACUUACAGAAGAAAAUUGAAAGUUUAGAACAAGAAAAAUCUGGUCUCGAAAAAGAGAAGUCUGCUCUCUUGACUGAUGUACAGUCACUGAAACAACAGAACACGAGUCUGAACACCGAACUGAAGGUGAGCAAGGAUACAGUUCAGACGGUGGCUGCUCAGCCGAAUGGCGAUGUGGACAUGAUCAGCCUCGAUGAACAUAACAAACAAUUGAGUGAGAAGACAACAGAAGUUGCCUCCCUUGCAAAGGAAAUAGAGAACAAAGUUACAGAGUUGCAGGACCUGAGAACACAGGUGGAAGCUCAGAAGAAGAAAAAUAAUGACUUACGAGAAAAGAAUUGGAAGGCAAUGGACGCUUUAGAUAAAUCUGAAAAAUCUCUCAAUGAAAAAGUACAAAGUGCAAUUAAGACAAAAACGGAGGAGGUACAAGUGAUCCAGUCUGAGUUUGAAAAAUACGACCAGUCUGUUCUCACUCGACUGUUCCCAGACAUAUCGGUGUCCAACAAAUCUAACCAUAAAGACUGGAUGACAGAAUUUGAAAAGGAAGUCUCAAGUCACCUUAAAUCCCUCAAGCAAGCUCCGUCUGGGUCUAGUGAAAAUCUUUUCUCAAGGAUUUUACAUGGCGGAUCUAACUCAAAGAGUGCCAAAUUUGAAACUGAGAUCUCCGAUUUAAAAUCGAGGUUGUCGAGUGCGGAGGCAUACACAGCUGAGUUGGAAUCCAGGGUCGAGACUGCUGAAUCUGAAUUACAGAAGGCUGAAGCUCUAACCAGCAAGUCAGAUAUUAGUGUUCAUGAGAUAGAAACCGCGUUACGGGAGGCAGAAGCCAACCGUGACCGAUUGCAAUCUGCCCUCGAUGAGUCCGAGAGCUCCUGCUCAAAGCUGCAAACUCAGGUGGCGCAGUACAGGAAUGUGCUCGGAGAAACUGAGAACAAGCUGACUCAGCUGGAGUCGAGCGUUGAGCAGGAGGAGAAGAAGUGGCAGGAGAAGUUGGGUGCUAAACAAGAUGAACUUACACAGUUGAAGUCUGAAAUUGCAUCAUUACAACAACAGUCGAGCACGGCGCCAGAUAGUCAGGAGAUGAAAGAAAAGGUAGCUAACCUAGAAACCCAGUUACAAGCAUCAGAUGACCGCUGUUCACAGCUACAGUCUGAAUUGCAGCAGACUGAGAGCAAGGUUACAGAAUACAAUAUUAAAAUAGUGGAAUUAGAAAAAUCUGGUUCAACCAUAGUCGAAAUAAAUACAGAGCUAGAGACGAUUAAAACCUCUCUUGCUGCGGAGCAGAAAAAGAACAAGGAUCUCGCAUCUCAGAUUGUGAAGUUGAAUGGAAUCAUCAAGACAGGACAUGAUGCUCUCACUCAGGAACAGAACCUGGUGAAGAAACUUCGGGAACAGAUGUCCAACGGGACUGAUCAGAACUCCACAAGUGUGCCAAAGCAGACAGAAGAUCAGUUGAGGCAGACAUUAGCAGAGAAAGAAAGACUGCUAGAAAAAGAAAUAAACUCUAAUAAACUUCUUAGUCAGAGGCUGGCACAAUUAGGUGUUAUGAUCUGAGUCAGGGGUCAGGCGUCUUCCCAGAGUAGCUUAAACGAAGCAGGAACGGGAACAUCUGUGUGAUAUGGUUACCAUGACAACAAUUAGCUAGUGACCACCUGUUAAAACGAGGACGAAUUUUUUUCUGAAUCUAAAGGCGUUUGUAAACUCUGGAAUGUUAUGAUCCCAAUUUGUGAAUGAGCUAGAAAAUUCUGCUGUUAAAAUGCACCUGAAUGAGUUGUGUGUAGGUAACUGGUUUAUGGAAAUUGCAACAGGCCCUUUAUGACAUUGUUACAGAUUUUGUUAAUUGUGUUACAGAUUCUGUGUGAAACUGUUACAAAUCUUAUUAGUGGUCUAUUCUAAUUGUGAAACAGAUUCUGUGUGACAUUGUUACAGAUUUUAUAAGUGGUCCAUGUCAUGUUAACCAAUAAAUGCAUGUAGAAAUGCCAUAUUUAUGUUCACUAUGCAAAGGAAAAAGAUUCUUUUAUCAUAGAAAAUAACGUCAAAUCAAUCAAUUUGAUGUUUAAAAUACACAUAUUCAACCACAUUAAAUAGAAAACACUGGACUUCUGAUUUUUGAAUACUAAUUAAUCAGUGAUAUAAUUAUGGUUUGAAAUUGCUUAGAAAUCAAUCGAUGAAUCAACUGUUAGGGCUAUGAAACAUUUAGUUUUAUUUACUUAAUUGGUAAUUUUCAACCUGUAUUGGGACCAAAAAAUUCGGGUAUGGAAAUUUUAGUUCAGAUUUGUUUCUAUUGCAAGGAACAUAACAAUUUUAUGUAUAUUUUGUUACAUUUAUUCUUUUGUUAGAGGAUACAAUAAUGCCUGUUACUUAGUUGGCUCAUUUUUACGCAUCAUUUUGUUUUGUUCUGUCUUGUGUACAAAAUCGUGCAGUUACGCCAUUAACCUGGAAACAUGAAUUUUGAUAUAUAUAUUUGUUAUUGAUUAUUGUCACAAACUGUUGCGAUAUAAGUUUCUGUUUAUGAUUUAUGACUUAUUACAUGUAAUGAUUUAGUUAUAUGUUGCUGGCAUGAUGUUGUUUGGCAUUAAAUUUAAGGACUGCAGCAUGCGUUGCAAAUGAAUUUAGAAAAUCCUUAUUUUAAUUUGGUAUUUAAGGGGACUAGACAGCUGAUGGUCCCAAUAUCGGCCAGUAAUACAUAAUUUCACACGAUUCAAAGGCUAUUUUGUCAUUGUCUUACCUGUUUAAAAUUAGCGCAUAAUGGUUUCCCAGUUUAAAGUGUGUAUAUUUUGCAUGCGAUAAAAACAGUUGCAUAUAUUGGCGCUAUUUUAAAAUUUAUUCGGAUUUACGUGGUAGACAAAGCCAGUAAAUUUCAAAUCGGAAAAAUACGCAAAAGGCGAAAGAUACAAUCAUGUUUUGUAAGCAAUGUGUUACACCAGUAAGUUUUAAUGUGUAGAAUCAAUUCUAUUUAAGUUUUUGACAAUUUUCUUUUUCUUGCAAUGGUAUCAUCUGGUGUCUAGUCCCUUUAAGUGUUAUGUUUCAUAAGCAAUAUCCAUUGAGUACAGAAUUGUACUGCAGAUAGUAUGGGGUUAAUCGUCAUAGAAUAUUCUAAUCCCUGCCUGCGUGCUAUAGAUCAUGUUAUGUUUCUUGACAAUUGCUCCCCAGUCCAUUUCAGAAAGAUCAUGAAAUUCAUUUUUUUUUAAAUGAAAUCAUACUUGACCUGAAUUAUUUUUCUGUGCAUUUUCUGUCCUAACAUAUCAUCAUCCAUUGAAAAUUUGAUAUGAAAGUGCAUGAUGAAAGCCAUAUUCACUGUACCGAUUUUCUGUUGAUACAAAUUGACGCUUUUUGAACAUCAAUGUAAAAAUAAACGUGUAGGUAUUUGAUUUUUUUGCUUAUAAGAUGAUGAAUACGCUUCAAACAAUAUGGUAAUUAACAAUAUUUUGGAUUGGUGUUAUGUAGUUUAACUUUUUAUUUAUUAUAGAUUAAAAAUAUUUAUGUAGAAAUGUUAUAGACGAAUAAAAAUAUAAGUUAAUAGUGACACAUGCUAAUUUUAAUUUAUACAGGGUGUUUUUCAUACAAAUCAUCAAAUAACGCAAGGUUAAAGGCCUGAAAUAAAAUAUUAAAUUUUCUUUUCCCACGACCAAACUGCAAAAAUGAGCUUGACCGAAAUGAUUUUAAUCCUUAUAUUUAAAAAUGAGAUUAUUUAUUUUGAUUUUGUAUUCUUGACCAAGCUUGUUUUAAUUAAAAUAUUUGUCGACUCUGACCAACACAGUAUAUCUAUCUGGGUCGUGGAAGAGAAAUCAAAGAACAUAUUGCAUCUUGCCUUACAGAUUCUUUUCAAAUUUGUACAUAUCUCAGAUUUGUCAUAAUCUUUAUGUGCCACUGAAAAUCUGUGAUAAAUUUAAAUCUCGUCGAAUUUCUGUGGUAUAUCUGUCAUAUAAUGUGAAUUGUACACUUAAACCUCAUAUUUUCAAGUUAUAAAGACCACAAUUGUAGUCUUCAGUGUCAAAUUCAAUGUGUUUGUCUUCAAACUAAUGAUUUAUUAUUGGCUAAGAACUACCAUCCUCUUUAUUGUGAUGACUUUUGCAAGUAUUCUUUCCUCUUUUGUUAUGAAGUUGUACACAGGGAUGAUGAUCGGAAACAUGAAAAUAAUCUGGAAUUCUAUCCCAAAGCAGGGUGAAAUUCUAUCCCAAAGCAGGGUGAAAUUCUAUCCCGAAGCAGGGUGAAAUUCUAUCCCAAAGCAGGGUGAAAUUCUAUCCCAAAGCAGGGGGAAAUUCUAUCCCGAAGCAGGGUGAAAUUCUAUCCCGAAGCAGGGUGAAAUUCUGUCCCGAAGCAGGGUGAAGGGGCUAAGAUCCUUGAUGAAAUAUUGUUUCCAAGACCCUUAACAUUCAUUUCUACGUACUGCUUAAAAUUUUGAUGCAAACAUCCAGCAUAUUAACCAACUUUAUGACUCAAUGCUAGCAUUUAAACAGAUUUAGGUGGUAGAAAUAAACACAUGCCUGCAAGCCCUGGACUGUUAAAUAGUAGGGCUAGUUCAAAAAUUUGAUGCCAAGCAUUAGUAUAAGAUUUCGGGCUAGUUCAUCCAAAAGUCUAAUUUCGAUGACUGAGAUUUCAGGAUUGAUUUUGGAUUGUAUCAUUCCUGUGUACAUGACCACUCUUAAAUAAAGUUGCAUAAACAAUUUUUUUGUCUACUGUCUCUUACUAUUGUACAUCAUGUCGUUGAAAUUGCCUUGCUUGCUAAUGGUUACCUAAAAAAUGUUGUAUCCUGCUUAAUUUUACAACCAAAUGAUCCUAUAGAUAAAUGCAUCAACCUGAAUUAUGACUUCCUAAUUGUGUGGCUGCAGUCAACAUUUAUGUUUUUGUGGCAGUCAACAAGUUCAGACGCACAAUAUGUAUUUUUUUCUAUUGUCUCGAUGUAAGCUGCACAGAAAGUGCCUAAACUAUUUUAUUUCAUACAACCAAAGAAAUAACCUAAUUUGUAUCCUAUUGUUAUCACAAAAAGGUUGUUUUCUGGCUCAAAAUUGAUUAAAUAAUUAAUAUAUUCAUAUAUAUAUAUAUGUUGUGUACUUGCUAUAGAAAAAUGUAUACAAGAUUAAGUUGUUAAGUUGCGAAACACAAUGUGAACAUUUACUUGUAGCUCUAUGUACAUAAAAAAUGCAGUCACGUUUUAAGUCACUUUGCAAAUUAGUAUUUAAACUUCGCUCAAAGUCAUUUGCAGAAAAAAGAAUUGAAUCAACUUGAAGGCUUACUGAUAAUUGCAUAACCCAUUCUGUUGACCAAACAAAUAAUUUUCCAUGAAAUAGUUCUUUCUGCAAGUACAUAAUAUUUGUAAAUGGCAUGUACUAAUCACAGGGUCUCCCAAAAAUUAGAGCAAUUUAUGCAAAAGUAUAAAUAAGAUAAUUCUGGUAAAAAUCAUGCUCCCUCAGUAGCACUGUGUUGAUUGAUCAAAAUUCACUGGUCUAAUGUCAGAAUCGCCUGGAAUUCUGGGGAAAAACAUGUUAAAAUGCCCUGGAAUUCUGGUAAAAAAUGUCAAAAUCCCCUGAAAUUUUGGGAAAGAGAAUGUCAAAAUGCCCUGGAAUUCUGGUAAAAAAAUGUCAAAAUGCCCUGGAAUUCUGGGAAAGAAAUGUCCAAAUCCCCUGGAAUUCUGGGGAAAAAAAGGUCAAAAUCCCCCUUUUUUCUGGGGAAAAAUGGCAAAAUUCCCUGGAAUUCUGGGGGAAGUCAAAAUCCCCCUUUUUUCUGGGAAAAAAUAUGUCAAAAUCCCCUGGGAUAGUCUUCAGGAAUUUGGCAUUUAAGCAUUGUGCACUAAAAGUAGUCUACAAGUACUCGUACAAGAAGUGUUUCGCAACCUCGAUUAUAAAUAACUAAAUCUCUAGAACAUUUAAUUGCUUCUUCGAUUUCAAUUCAGUACAUUUCGGCUAAGUGUUUUUAGGUUAACCAAGUUAGACAACUGUGCAAUAUUAACACUACAAAAGUAGGGUAUAAAUGUGUUACACUAUUUUUAUUUACACUUGUUGUUUUUCUUUAUAUUACAAGGUAUUGAAAAUACUUAAUUAAUUUAUAUCUUUACAACUAUAAAUGAUUAACAAUGCUGUGAAAUUCUUUUGAAUUAUAUUAUUUUAAGUUGUUUCUGGUAUUUCUCAUUUAGUCAUACAUAAAUUACAUGUAUUUAUAUUAGAUGCUGUUGUAAGUGGACUAUAUUAUGUCUAGCGGACUCAAAAUGAAGUUUAUUUUAUCUUCAGUUUACGCAGACAGCAACUGUAGAAUGUAGUAUUUAGGUUAUAUCAUUAGUGCUUGUUUAAAAUUUAUUUAAUCGUCAACUAGUGUAUCUUGUAGCCCCCACUAAGGGGGGGGGGGGAAGCUUAGAAUAAAGACUUAUUAUAUGAAGGAUUCGGGUGAAAUUACAAAUAGUUCUUUAUGAUUACACGUCUGUAACGCAUGCAUUAUUGUGUUUAAUUUUCCCUUAAGUGUCUAUAUAAUAUUGUUUCUGAUCAAAUAAGACUGGAAAACAAAACCACAUCUGUCCUAAUUUCCAUCAUCUUUAGAGCCUUAAGUACUUUAUUAAAAUCCCAUUUUAAUGCAGUGUAAACGUGUGCAACUGAAUACACUAUACAUAAAUGCAACUGUUACUAUGUCAUUAAUAUCUACUAUUAUAUGAUACAAAAAAAAUCAUGUUUAAUUAUAAAACUUUUUUUGUGCUAUUGGGGUAGUCCAUGUGUAGCUAAUGGAUCAGGGUCAGGCAUAAUAAGUAUAUUGUUUAAACGAACAUGUAUUUAUACUGAGUUUCAGAAGACAUGUUCUCGGUUAGAAGUGAAGCCAGUCAUAUUCACUACAGGUUUCUUAAACAACAGGCCCCAAUUUCUCGAAACUUCUUAAGCUUAACAGCUAGGCUUAAGUAGCUUAUUUGAAUUAGAUAAAAUACAUACUGAAAUUGAAUUUUGAUACAUGAAAAAUGGUAAAUUGCAAUCAUCAUAAUCAUAAUUCCUAUUCAAGGUAUAAAAACUCUUUAAGAAGUAAAUAUUAUGCAAAUUAUUGAAAAACAAAAAUAGUGAGCUUAGCUUAACCCUGUUAUAAGGGACUUAAUGAGUUUCGAGAAAUUGGAGUCAGCACUGUCCAUCUUUAUUUAUAUGGGUUUCUUAAAUCCAGGAUUAAUUCUGAAAAUUGAGAGCUUUUGACUUCAUACAAUUCAGUUGUAAAUACUAUUUUUAGCUCAGAAAUUUACAUCAAAAGCAGUAGGAAAUACCUUUAAAUAAAUAUAAACAAUUUCAAAGGGGUCUAAGCCUCUUGACCCUGCUAUAGGCAUUAAUUCCUUAUACCAAAACAGACUCCUCUUUUCAAGAUUGACAUUUAACAGCUGUUAGAAACCACUGACACAAGCUUGCUGCAUGUACAUAAGGCAUAUUAUCAAUAAAUGAAAAUGAAUUGUAUUCAUAACAUAUAAAUAAACUUUGAAGCUGCUCAUGACUGUACAGGUUAGCUUUAUUUCGAGUGAUAAAGUGAAUAUUUCAGUAUGUCAAACAAUUAUGAAUGAACUUGUAUGUAAAGAAUUUAGGAACAAUGAAUUGAUAUCAUUAUCACAGAGUUGUGUUUGUUACAUUGAAUUUCCUUAUGUAGAUUAUGAUUUAUGAAUAUAUACUAAACAUAGAUAUUACUUAUGUUGCUGCUUCAUUUUCUAUGCCAUACUGGUGUUAAACUUAUUGUUUGCUAAGGAUAAGAUUGUCGUUCAUUUGAACAGUGUUUUUUUGUCAUCUGUAACUAUAUGCAUCAUGCCGCUUUCUUCAUGGAUAAAUAAAUCUUCAAUCGCU